GCGGGUAGGCUCGUUCUAGUGAAGGGUCUGUGCGCGCUCGUAGAAUAAUAAAGCCAAAGAAAAGGCUGAAGAAUAAGGAGAGAGAGAGAGAGAGAGAGAAGAGAGAGAGAGAGAGAGAGGCGGGAUCGGGGUUUGCGCUUUGUUGAAAUCCAGGGUGAAGCAAAAAAUUACAAUAUCUAUAAUAAUCUGUAACAGACCGAUCAGCACUUCGCGCCCGCUUUUUUGGAUUUGAUGGAUCAGUGGAUGUGAUGCCCAUUUAUAUCAUCGACCGAAAAUUUCCCGACACAUCUGGUGAGUUGAUACAGCCUGUAGCUGAAGAAGGAGACCUGAUAAUGACAGAGACCAACCCCCCCAAGUCGGCUAAGAAGCCCCGCUGGACCUCCCUCGAGGUCGGCCUCAUUACUAUUGUCUCCUUGCUCUUCAUCGUCAUCGUCGCCCUCAUCAUCCUCUUUGCCACACAGAAGACUGAUGAAAUCUGCACAUCAGCUGACUGCACGCAGUCAGCUUCUCGCCUCAUUGAGAACAUGGAUGCCAACGUGGACCCUUGUGACAACUUCUACCAGUACGCCUGUGGGGGCUGGCUGAAAAAGAACAUCAUCCCUGAGACCAGCUCUAGAUACAGCACCUUUGACAUUUUAAGAGACGAGCUGGAGGUCAUUCUAAAAGGUGUUCUUGAAAAAACAGUGGAGGGUGAAGCCACUGCUCUCACCAAGGCCAAGACCCUUUAUAAGUCCUGCACCAAUGAGAGUUUAAUUGAGCUCAGAGGUGGGGCUCCCUUGCUCGACAUGCUGCCUGAUGUGUUUGAGUGGCCCAUAGCUGUGGACAACUGGGAGACCAACUAUGGUAACACAUGGAGGUUGGAGAACGUGAUCGCCAAGCUGAAUGAGAAAUAUGGAACUCAACUCUUGGUUAACUUUUUUGUCGGCACCGAUGACAGGAACUCCAAUUCGCACAUCAUUCAUUUUGACCAGCAGACAAGCCUCGGCCUCUUGUCCAGAGAUUACUACACUUGCACCGGACCCUAUGCAGAGGCAUGUCAGGCCUAUGAGCAGUUCAUGAUUGACCUGGCAACGCUGAUCCGCUCAGACCGGGGAUUGGCCAUCAAUGAAACCAUUAUCAGAGAAGAGGUGACACGAAUAAUGGACCUGGAGAGGGACAUCGCCAAUGCUACUGAUACUCCAGAGGACCGUAACAACCCAGUGUUGCUCUACAACAAGAUGGACCUUGAUGAUCUGAAUGCCAACUUCACCCUCGAGGUUGAAUCCCGGGUGUUUAACUGGAGUUACUUUACAGCAAAAAUAAUGGAUACAGUCAACAUCAGCGUUCCUGACACAGAGACGGUCAUAAACUACUCCCCCAACUAUUACAGAAGACUCAACCUCAUCUUGGCCAGAUACAACAAGAGGGAUCUGCAGAACUACGUGGUGUGGCGUUUUGCUAUGAACAUGGUGGUGGGCCUAAGCAGAAAUUACAGGGACACAAGGAAAGCCUUCCGCAAGGCUUUGUCUGGUACAACGUCAGAGGCAGCAGUGUGGCGACAGUGUGCACUUUACGUCAACAACAACAUGGACAAUGCUGUGGGACGACUGUAUGUGCAGGAGGCCUUCUCUGAAAAGAGCAAAGAACUGAUGGAGGAGAUGAUUACAGAUAUUCGGGAAGUGUUCAUUAGUAACCUUGAUGACCUGACCUGGAUGGAUGCAGAGACCAAGAUAGCAGCUGAGGGGAAGGCCCGAGCUAUUCGGGAACGGAUCGGCUAUUCUGACAACAUCAUGGAUGACAAAUAUCUUAACAAUGAGUACAAAGAUCUGGGCUACAGUGCAGAGGAGUACUUUGAAAACAUCCUACAGAACCUGGAGUAUGUGCAAAAGAAACGCCUGCGGAAACUCAGAGUCAAAGUCAACAAAGAGGAGUGGGUAACUGGAGCUGCUGUUGUCAACGCAUUCUACUCAUCCAGCAAAAACCAAAUAGUUUUCCCUGCAGGUAUCCUCCAGCCGCCUUUCUUCAGCAAAGGCCAGGCUAAAUCUCUCAACUAUGGUGGCAUCGGCAUGGUGAUCGGUCACGAGAUCACACAUGGCUUUGAUGACAAUGGUCGUAACUAUGAUAAGGAUGGUGACCUGAAGGAUUGGUGGACACCUGAUUCCACUAAUAAGUUCCUGUACCUGUCAAAGUGCAUUGUCAAUCAGUAUGGCAACUUUUCCUGGGACCUGGCCAAUGGACUACAUUUAAAUGGUAACAACACCCUCGGGGAGAACAUUGCUGACAAUGGAGGGAUACGGCAGGCAUAUCAGGCCUAUCAGAACUAUGUGGAGGAGCAUGGAAAGGAGCCAUCACUGCCCGGCAUUGACCUUUCCCACAAUCAACUCUUUUUCUUAAACUUUGCUCAGGUGUGGUGUGGAACACACCGACCAGAGCAAGCUGUUAAUUCCAUUAAAGUAGAUGUACACAGUCCGGGGAAAUUCAGAGUACUGGGCUCCCUUCAGAAUUUCCCAGAAUUUGCCAGAGCAUUCAACUGCAACAAGGGCAGCCACAUGGUCCCUGACAACAUUUGCCGUGUGUGGUGAUCCACAGACCUAUGGGAUGGGGAAAGUUCUGACAUGGGUCGUCCCUGUCCCACUGUACCUCACCCCUCUGACUGUUGGAGUCCUCGUAGGGGCUGCAGGGAAGUGGAAGCUCCCCUUAGCUCUUUACAGAAUGGACCAGGGCUGGUGGAUUGACGCUGCAGUAUGCACUUCCUCCGAGGAAAGCAGUGGACUGUACCCUCACGGACAGGCAGAGCACUGUCUCUCCGACUCUGAUACUGUAGUUCAUUCAGUCAGCCUGAUUAUUCUGCUACUCACUGGAUACAAUCACUCCUUGUGUUAAAUUUUUUUUUUCUAUCCAUUUUCAUCUUGAUUUACUCAUCAUUUGUGAGUCUGCCAAUGUGUGUGAGUGUGUUUCAGUCAAAAUACUGUACUUGUCAGGAGAGGGGCGGGCAGACAAAUGUGCUCAAAUCCACUGACAUAUGAAUACACCACCCACUCACUCACACUCAUUCACAUCUAACAGGGCUGAACCACUGUAAUGUAUUUGGACUGAGCUGUAUGCCUCUCAUAAAACCUCAGCUGGUAUCAGCCUUCAUCUAUACGCUGAUAAGCUUUACAAUGCAUCUGUAAUGUAUUCUUUGUUUAUAUGUAUAACUAGAUCAGAUAAAUUAUUACAGAUAAUCUGAAUCUUUGCUGAUUAGACCAGUAAGUAUUUAACCCUAAUCACAUAUUAAACAAUACUGUUUUACAUCUAAUGAUAAUGACUUAACUGCAGUUAAAAGGUGGCUGCCGUUCAUUAGCAGUUUGUCAAAUAAACCAAACUUAAAUUUUUGCCUUUCAGAUGACAGGUUGUCAUGAAUCAUUGAGCUGACAAUCGACACCGGAUCCUUUUUAUACGUUCACUGAGCCUCCUGUGUGUUUCUGCGUGGAUGUAUGUAUCUAUGUGUUUUGCGGUCUUUUUAAGUCCUUAUGAUCGCAGCCUCCUGUUUGUCAAGCAAAUUGGUAUGCCUUACAUGAUCUGCUGUGCUGCUGUUUCUGAGCGUGUGUUUGUGCAGGAGAACAAAGAAUAAGAAAGUGUAUCAUUAAAGCAAUAGUUUGACUAUUUCACAAAAAGGCUUCUUUGCUAAUCUUGCCGAGAGAUGGAUGAGAAGGUCGCUACCGCUCUCAUGUCUUUGCGCUAUAGCCAGCAGACGGUUAGCUGCUCUGUCCAAAGGUUAAAAAAUUGAGUGGUAUCAAUAUUCUCAACUUACUCAUGGGCAAAAAGUGAAUAUGUGUAAUUUACAAAAUGUUGUAGGUGUAGCAUAAGAGUUUCAUUUUGCCUUAAUCACAUGGAGAGUGUCGUUGACAGAUCUUUUGCUGUGAUUCUUUAAGACAUUGGAGCAAAAAGUCAAAUUACAGACGAUUUUGUGAUUAAGCUUUGGAGGGAUUUGCUGGAAUAUAAUUAAUUUUUCAACAGUACAUGCAUUUUCCUGAAUACAGAAGGUUGAAUCAAGAUAGUGGAUCGCAGUUUAGCGUUCAUGGUUUUGUGUAGCUUUAUUUUUGGAAGGGUAACUGAGGCUGGUUGUUAAUUGCAGGAAUUUUUGCCUUUGCCUUUUCUAUAGAAAUUAGUGAACGAUGCGCCAUGAUCAUGUAGACCACUUCUUCAGACAGUAUACGACACCAUCCAUAUCCAGCCUUGUUGUUUGCUUGUGUUUUGUUCCUUUCAUUGUUUGUUUAAGCUCUCAGUCCUUGUCACCGCCGCUCACUCCCUCAGGCUUUCUUUCUUCCUGCCUCUCUCUCUGUCACACUCCACCUGUACUAAGACAGAUAUACCUCAGUUGCCUGUAUUUAGAUACUUUAUAACAAUGACUGAUAGUCAUCUUGAGGAGCAUUUUCUUUCUUUCAAAAUAAAUAUUUAAAUAGCAUGCUGAGGCUGCAG